CUCAGUCAAGCUACAUAGUUUAGACUUGUCCGGACGGCCAGGCUACGUGGCGCAGACUCCCAGGGAGGUCACAAUGGCGUCCCCAUCAUUCCAAGCAAGCGCAGUAGCCAGCAAGCAGCAUUCUCUCCACUUCAUCUUUGCACAACCCAGAAGCACCAGCUCGCUGUUCACCUUAGAAGACCGCGACAAGCUGUCUGAUCUGCCACUUCAUACGGUGGCUCAGGGACUGCAGGCUGAGCUGGCCAGACGGUGCCAGAGGGCAGCUACGACAUGGCCCAGCAAUUGCGAGCAGCUGCAGAAUGCAGGGCGUGCUUGCUAUAGCUGCUGGCGUUUAGUUUCAGGCUGCCAAUUGUCUAAUUCAAGAGUAGUCAAUGUCAAGCGGUCAGCAGCUUGCAGCUUGGGAGCACCUUCAUCACUCUGGCAUAAGACAGCUGGCAGCAAAGUACCACUGAGUGACGCUGUACUUUAGAGCUGCUGGCAUGGCGUCCGACCUGCGUUUCCGCUGGGAGAGUGACCCGUCAUCUCCUGAAGGAUCAGAAGAGGACAUCGAAGGUGUUGAGUAUGCUCCUCGCUCUAUCGACGGUUCAGAUUCUGGACGCUCCCUGGAGGACUUCUUUAGUGAUGGAGACUCUGUCAGCAGCCAAGCCCCGUCGUUCUACAGGGCGAUUGACAACGAGAAAAGUCGAAGCCCGCUUCAUAUUCCAAAAGGUCUCGCUGGUGUUCUGAGCAAGGCUUUGGGGUAUGUGACUACUUCCCCAUCAGCUUUUUCCAGCGGCAGCAGCUUUAGAAAGCGGACCUGCUUAACGCCACCAGGCAACCCCCAGGCGUCUCCGCGUUGCUACAUCCCAGCUGGUCCUCAGAGCUUUGCGAGCAAGAGGGCUUCAGUUGAAACCUCAGUUGGCGAGCCUAACCUCGGUUUGCCAGUGCGGAAGCGAGGAGGGCUUGGAAGGAAGCAUCGGCGGGUCAUCCUCUCGCUAUGACUCGGGCAGCGACUUGGAUAUGCUGACGUCAAAAUAUGACGACGAGAACGAGGAGAGCAUGCCAGUAGUGGAUUCGAGCGCUGAGCGUAUCCUGGCCGUUGAUGGGAAGGUGCUCCAAAAGGCUGCGGAGCGCGCGCCUUUCUCGCAGCUCAAUACGGCCCCGGACCUUCAGCGCACAAGCGAGGUCUUUGCUAAGGUGAAAAAGAAACUUGAACGCUUUUCUGACAUAGUCUCAAUACAGUCUACAAAAAGACGGCUAAAGAUGUGCUGUCAAAAGAAAAGGUGUGGCCCAGAAUCUGGAGCCUUCAGAGAGGAGGGUUUUUGAGAACUGUUCUCUGUCAAGCAGAGAGUUCUAGAACGACAAAUGGAGCUUGCUACUUUGAGAACCAAUUAGGAGCACAAUCAGACGGUGACAGGCUGAGGAAAGACGGCCAUCCAAAUUCUAAUCUAGCUACGAUACAAAAGGAAGAGCGUUUCGUACUUCACCAGAGCCUGACGAUCUCAGAGCACAUCCCGUAGGAAAGCUGCUGGACUCCUACAGCUCAGGAAUUUCUGUCUGAGCAUUUCUAGUUCCAUCUGGUGGCUUGGCUGUGCAUGGGCAUUGCUCCGUAAAUGAAUCAACAGUG